CUCGCAUCAAAUUCUUCAUGCGCCAGAACUCAAAUCACACGUUACCUGCAUUGUAACGGACCAGCUACCUAGGAGAUUCAAUGUUGAUUAUCAAUGCCUUUCAGGUUGUUCACGAAGAAAAAUAGUAAUACCCAAUUGCCGUGUCGUCCCAUCACUUGACGCAAACUCAAACAGAAACUCGAACCCAACCGCCAACUCCCUCCACACCUCUCUCACACACAACAGCAACAUCACACCCCUUUGAAAUACCAACCUCAAAUAGAACCUUCCAAAUUGCAAUGGCCACCAUCCAAUGCAAACGAAAACGCGCCCCCUCGGACGCAGUCAUCAACCCGCUGUCGCAUACUCCAGACACGCUCAAGCAAUUCGCUGUCGCCGGCUACCCCGCCGAGCAGCCCCUCCCUUCCAAAGCGUUCUAUCCCGGCUUCCCGCACCGGCCUCCGCGUCCUAAAACCAAGGGCCCAAAGAAGCUCGGCUGCAGCGGACCUGCCGAUGCUGAUGCCAAUGCCGAUUACCCUGGAUCAUCAUCAUCAGCCCGAGCCUUGCAGGGAACCCCAAGGGGUGGGUCGCAAUCCGGCGCGGCAAGCGACGCUGACGUCGAAACUAACGGUGAGGACGGGGAGGAGGACACGGAAACUGGGUGGUGGACGACUGAUUUUGAUGAUACCGAGGAUGACAACUCCAGCCGACUCACGGUUAGUGGUGAGAGAAAGAGGAGCAAGAGCAGCAGGAAGGAGGGCAGCAAGGGCAAAGGCAAAAAUGCUGCCGGCUUUGACCGCCGCGCACACGCCUACCGUGCCCGCGUGGGGUGUUUGGCAGCUGUCGUCCGACGGUGCCUGGCCGAGGGGGACAUUGGCACGGCCAAGCGGGCGUUUGGGCUGUUGGCGAGGGCAAAGGUGUAUGGGAGGAACGUGGACCUGCGGUGGGAGCGGUACUGGGAGAUGGGGGCUGAGGUAUUGAUGCGGGAGGGGGAAGCACCCUCUGAUCGGGUGGAUCAGGAGGGCGUUGAUGAGGAGGGCGAUGGCGCUGAAGAUGGGGGAGUAGAAUGGCAUGGGGAAAGGGAAGUUCAGGAAGGGGAGGAGAGGUUGGCGAGACUGAAGGCGUACUACGGCUACCUCAUCCAGCAGUACCCGUACAGUAAACAGCAACCUGCCAGCGCUAACAGCGUGCUGGACUUCCAGGUGGCGAUGUUUAGCGCCGAGAUGGAGGCGGCGUAUGCUGCGCACAAGAGGGGGUUGGAGAGCUUGCAGAGGGAUGGUGGGUGGGAGGACGAUAUGGACGUGGAGGAGCCGAUGGACUACGACCUUGACGAUGGACAGGAGGGGGCGGGAGAUGGGAAAACGCGGGAUGAUCUCCGCGGGCUUAGCCGCCGAGAGCUGAGACUGCGGGGAAAGGAGGACGAUCUUCGACUUGCAGCGCUGCGGCGAAUGGUCGACGUCGCGCAGCGGAUGGACACUGUGAUGGAGAUGGUACCAUUCUCCCGUGACCACGAGCUGCUGAGGCUCAGAGCCAUGGUGGCGCUCUACAUGGGAGAUCUGUAUGUGCCGCCUGCUCCAAGACCCGCAUCGGAGGAUAGGGACAGCAGGAGAGCGCGGGCUGGUCAACGUGCAAAGGCGAAGGGUUUGUUGCGACGGAUUAAGGAGGGCGGAAGGGAGCUAAAGGACCAUGAUGAGGCGCUGCUCGAGUCUCUGGCGUCCGAUGACGAUCGGGACGAAGAGGAUGAAGACACAUCAGUGCUCCCCAUGUUUUCUUCGUUGGAAUUCUAGCCUGGCUACCAGACUUGUCCAAAACCUUAGAUACA